UGAGUGCGAAGGUAGGCUCAGCGUAGAUAAAAUGCCAAAAUAGAAUUUCUUCAACGAUAUUCUAACGAUCGAAAGUGCAUGAUUUCUUCCACCUGUAUGGCCUGUAGCUUGAAGUUAAUUUAUAUUCGCAGAAUGUACGGCUACGAUCUAAACAAACGUGUACAAACUAUUUUUGCUGUUGCUGCCCUUUACGUGAUAUGCCUAAAAGCACACCAAAGUAAUGCAGCUGCCACAUUUGAUCGAAGCUUAGCUUACGCUAAAGCACAAGCCAUAAAGAAGUCUGGCGGCAACCCGGCUACAAGCUCUUAUUUUCAGCGCGACCCAUAUGGCCCUGAUACUUAUGCUUUUGGAUUUGAAGUGAACGAUAAUCGUACGGGAAAUGUGCAAUUCCGAGAUGAAAGACGUUACGUGAAUGGCAGCGUGCAAGGGUCAUUUGGGCAUGUGCGUCCAGAUGGACGAGUAAUUGUCACCCAUUUUUUGUCAGACAAUGAGCGAGGUUUUUUGCACGAUACUCGCACAUUUGAGGCAGGCGAACACGAGAAAUGGCAAGCGCAUUGGCCGACCAAACGACCAGAUAUACAUAUGCAACGUCCACACGAUAUGCCCACAGGAGCAGUGGUUUACGAUAAGGACCUUCAUUUAAAUUUGACUAAUAGUCAAACACCAGAACACCUAGCCAACGCAAUCAAAGAUCAACACGGAAUCGAUGUAAAUAUGAGUGGGAACGUGCACGAAAAUAUCGGGCAUGCGGCAGUGCAAGACAUUAUCGACGGUAAAAUACCACUGCAGACUGUACCUGGUAAAGCGGAAACUCAUAUCGGUUUUGAGACGGUAAAUGAUCUUUUACCUUCCGACUUCCCAAUCGUUCCAUUUAAAUUGCCAUCAAUGUUGGGUGAUGAAGUUGGAGAUAGCAAGCAGCAGAAGCCUGCCAAUGACGAGCAAGCGAAUAAAAAGAAUGUGCAGGACAAGUACAAUAAGGCCAAAGCAAAUAAUGCGGAAAAAAAUUUAAGUGUUGAUAUGCUCAAGAAAAACGUAACCCAGGCAGUGAAGCCCAAGACUGUUGAUGUUGGAACUAAAUCUAACAACAUCAACAGCCAGACUGUUACAGAGAAGCCAUUACCUUCGAACGUAACUCCAAAAGAUGCAGCAAGUGCUAAUGAUGCGUGGUAUCAGCAACUGAUCGAAGAUACGAGAAAUGAAUUUUUGAAUAAUUUACCCGAUUUGCAACAAGAGGGAUCAUAGACCUAAGUUUGUAUAUGUUUUUAUGUAUGUACUUACCCACGUAUUUUAGUAGUA